AGUUAUAGUAUUUAUGAACUUCCUGGAUAUCCUUUCUCAUCAUCCUACAACUCUCAUCCGGAUUUCUCAACAUGGACUUUAACAAAAACUCCACAGCCAUUGCUCAAGUCAUGUCACCUUCAGCUACUCAUCCUGGGCACUCCCUUCCUUCAGCUACGUCAAUGUCUCAUACACACAUUCGCUCACUGGCCAAUCAAAAUGUCCACCAAGGUUCAAUUUCUCUCGAACUUCAACGUAAUUACCUCAACGAUUGUGUUAAAGCUGUUCCCAGCGCUUCUCCUCUUGUCACACCUGAGAUGGGUGAAAGAUUGUGUCGAAUGGCUUCCCAGCAUUAUAUGUCUGACUACAAUCGCUAUAAACGAGGGCAACAUCCCAACCCGCUCCUUUCACAACAACUCCCACAGCCUAAUUAUACUACACCUGGCGUUACCUCUCAACAUCAGCAAGGCUAUCCAAGGGUAGUUGAUCGUCCUGCGGAAAGGCUUCCAGCAUGUCCACCAUUCCAACAUCAUGUCACAGUUCCUGCUGGAGUCUCUUCUGACCAAACUCAAGCCUCGAAUCAACCUACUCAGCCUCUGCCCAAAACUUCAGUGGUUCACGAUCACCAAUUCGCCUCGUCAAAUCCAUCUGAUCUUGUUGAGUCAAAUCCUGAAAAGAACCUCAAAUCAUCCCAGAUGGUGUUCAAUCCAUCCGCUACAUCAACAGCUUCCAAUGGCUAUAAUCACCACCCAAUGCCAGUGGAUGCUGUCACAAAUCCCGCCACGAUGGAGUCAAAACUAGCAAACCCUACCGAGAAGCGCAAAUUUCAAGAUAGAACACCUAGCCCCGCUGCAGAACAGCUCGCGUUAGACGGUGGCCACACGCUCAUUGGAGUUGUUAGCGGAGAUCAUGUGGCAACCAAGCCAGAUGUUGUCAAGACUGUACACGGAAGUUCAGUGAAGACCAGUCAAACUCACCCCAUGAAUAUCUCACCUGUUGUUCCUCCCGAAUUGUCGGUCGCAUUGGCGGACUUCUAUCUCACAUCGCCAAUCACCAACGAGCAGCCAUUGCCAAGCUUACCCGUGGACUUGUACGAUCUCACUGGUCCCCAUGCUAGCCGUGCAUACGAAGAAUUCCACAUUCAUCACCAGCAGCGCCUUUACCAUUUCAGUCAACAUCAUCAACCUGGACUCCCUGUAAAGGACAGCCCCCUAGGUCAAUCACCUCCGAGUAUCAAUGCUGUUAGGCUCGGAAACAUGUUACUGUCCUCCUGCCCUGGUAAGAAGGUCCGGAUGUUUGACACGCUAGCUCAGAGGCAAGCAGCCGGAAAUCGCUCUCCAAUCUGUCGCGAUCUCAAAUCAGAUCUCUCACGAGCCCAAUCAAUAGGGGUCCGGGCCAUCAUCUGUUGCCUUGAUGACGAAGAACUCAAUUAUCUUGGUUCGCCUUGGCCAGAGUACCAAGCAGUAGCAUCAGCCUGUGGUCUAGCGGUGAUUAGAAUUCCGAUGGCCGAAGGUUUUGCGCCUCACAAAGGAGUUGACGAAAUCGAUCGAGUGAUCCAAAUUGUUUUGGAGAACUGGACAAUGAAAGGCUACGACGUAUUGUGUCAUUGCCGAGGUGGAGUGGGAAGAGCAGGUCUGGUGGCGUGUUGCUGGAUGCUAAAGAUUGGGUUGAUCAACAAACCUAUUCAUGACAUUGAACACGAUCAUCCUCGAAUGGACUUGGCUAAUUUCAACCCAGCUACAAAGGGACAGACGCCACAUCCUGUGCCUCGCAAUUCAGUCCUUGUUCAAGUGGAGAAGGUCAUUGAAGUGAUCCGAAGGAGGAGAAGCGUCAAGGCGAUCGAAACCCCUCAACAAGUUCAUUUUAUCAUGGAAUACGCUGAUUGGCUCGAUCAUCAAAGAAAGUGAAAAUUAAUACUUAUCGUUAAAUACCAUUCUAAUCAGACCUAUUGAGAUGACGUUUUCUAUUCGUCUUAUAAGGUAUCAUGUAAUCUCUCCUCAGUUAGACUGACUCAUGCAUCAUCUAUUUUCCGUUACAUUGUUUUUUUCGGACGAUGUGAAUCGCAUUGACAUUUAGAUUGUAUCUUCGUCUACUAAUGUAUCCGAAUUGAUUGGAAUAACCUUGCAGAACACCCUUUCAAUUCUCGCACCCGUUAUUUUUCUUCUUUUCUUCUUUUUCCCUCUCUCUCUCUCUCUUUCUCUAUAGCAUUUCAUUGAGUCUUCAUUUUUUCUAUUUUUUUUACUUAUUUGUUUUGUUAUUCUCAUUUGAUGAACUAUUUUGAUUGUGUACUUUUCUUCAGUCAUCUAGGUCUUUGAUACCUAUGUCUCUCAUUUUUGUUUUUGUUUUGUUAUGAAGUUGAUCGAUUAGAUGUUUGAUUUGGUAAUUAAGAGAUGAGUAGGAAUCAGUUUAAUUU